AUGGCUAUACACAUGGACUUCGUCAGACAGAAUACAAAGAAAUUAGAGAGACUACAUCUGUGGCAAGAGCGGAUACGAACUGACUCCACUGCUGCCGGCACACGCUCAGACUUGCGAACAUUGAAGCAAGCCCGUGUCGCUCUACCGGUGCAGCGGGACCAACAGGAUUUGGAAGACGGUCGCAGAGUCAUCCCAGUGUCUGCUGCACAUUUCCCACAGUCUGCACUCGAGCACCGCGCCGAAACGUGCAGGUUGCCCUUCUGUUCGCACAUUCGGAUUUUCAGCUGUGGAACCCUUCUAGUAUUGGAUCAGAUUGAAUCUGAGCUUAGGCUUUUUAGAAGCUUUGACUGGAAUGAUGGUUUGUUUGACGUAACCUGGAGUGAGAACAAUGAACAUGUCCUGGUCACCUGCAGUGGUGAUGGCUCCCUGCAGCUCUGGGACACCGCCAAAGCCACUGGGCCACUGCAGGUCUACAAAGAACACAUCCAGGAGGUUUAUAGUGUUGAUUGGAGCCAAACCAGAGGUGAACAACUUGUGGUGUCUGGCUCAUGGGAUCAAACUGUCAAACUGUGGGAUCCAACUGUUGGAAAGUCACUGUGCACUUUUAGAGGCCAUGAAAACGUCAUUUACAGCACGAUUUGGUCUCCCCACAUUCCUGGUUGCUUUGCUUCUGCCUCAGGUGACCAGACUCUGAGAAUUUGGGACAUGAAGACAGCAGGAGUCCGAAUUGUGAUUCCAGCACAUCAGGCAGAGAUUUUGAGCUGUGACUGGUGUAAAUACAAUGAGAAUUUGCUGGUGACAGGGGCAGUUGACUGUAGUUUGAGAGGCUGGGACUUGAGAAAUGUACGACAACCAGUGUUUGAACUUCUUGGUCACACCUAUGCUAUUAGGAGAGUGAAAUUUUCUCCGUUUCAUGCUUCUGUGCUGGCCUCUUGCUCCUAUGAUUUUACUGUAAGAUUCUGGAACUUUUCAAAGCCUGAUCCUCUUCUUGAGACAGUGGAACAUCAUACAGAGUUUACUUGUGGUUUAGAUUUAAGUCUUCAUAGCCCUACUCAGGUGGCUGACUGCGCCUGGGAUGAAACGAUAAAAGUAUACGAUCCUGCUUGUCUAGUAGAUGGCAAGCAAACAACUCAUCAGAAUGUAGGGCAAAGGCGUACCCGGGCCGGGAAGACAAGGUGGAGGGAUAGGCAGCCCGUCUCUCUGGUUGUCCUGCCCCUGAACGUCGCCCCCGGCCCCACAGGCUCUGGUCGGCUCUCUGGGACCCAGAGGACGGUGCACGACUCUCCGGCCGCGGCUGAGGGGCCUCGGCUCCUGGCCCCGCCACGCCGCGGUCUGCCCCUCUCGGCCCUCCCCUCGGCCCGCGGUGCCCCUGCGCCUCUCGGCGUCUGUAGACGCUGCUCGCGCCAGAGAUCUGUUCCUGCUCGAAUUUCUGCAUCUUCACCUGCCCGGGUCCCCGCCGCCCGCCAGGGCCCCAGUAAGCUCCCGGGAGCCGCGCGUGAUCCCAGGACCUCCCCAGCAAGCAGCAAGGCACGCCGACAGGGGUGCUCAUUGCCCGGGGCGGGAAUCCCAUCAGCCAGCCUUGGGUCCUCAAACCGGGGCAGCGGGUUCCGUGUUGAUUCGGCGUCGGCGGCCGAACCUGGAGCAUCUGGGAGCGCCGCCGCCCCGACGGUCUUCGCUUCCCGGGCUGGCAACUGUACAAGUUCCCGCGGCUGCGCCGGGAGCCACCGUGGGUGGAAAAACCCCUGCCACACCCGGGAGGGGAACCUUGAGGGGCGGUCACUUGUUGCGGUCAAUAAACUGUUCGAACCAGAAGCGCUGUGGUUUCUAAAAUCGUCUCGCCUGGGCCCCUGGCUGCCCGAACCCGCGCCCCUUGGCUCGGAGCAGAAGGGAAGGGGCUUGCUGGAGCAGCAGGCGCUGGCGGGGGAGAAGGGGCGCGCGGCGAGCGCCGGCGCGGGUCGCCGCUGGGGCCCGAGGAGCGCCUGCCGGGUCCUACCCUGCGGCAGUUGCCGGCCCGGAGCUCCCGGCCGCCCGGCUUCUCGCAGCUGA